AUGGUUGCAUCAUUCUCUUACACUGCUUGCACUAAGCUUUCUCUGUUACAUCCUCCCAUGGCAGCUCAAAUCCGACCAAUUAGAACAACACAGAAGGCGUUCGUGGUGACAAAUCCUGAACAAGGCAGUACACUAGAGGAACAAGAAACAGAGACAAUCAAAGAAGAGCAGUCACCAGAGAAGCAGAUGAAGAAGCAGCCAACGCCAUUGAGACCGGUGGAGAAACAGUCGAACGUGAAGAGCACAGGCAUGCCUAGAGAGUUUGGUGGUGAGUGGCUAAGCAGUGUGACACGUCACGUGAGGAUUUACGCAGCUUAUAUCGAUCCAGAGACUUGUGAGUUUGACCAGACGCAGAUGGAUAAACUCACUUUGAUUCUUGAUCCUACGGAAGAGUUUGUGUGGGAUGAUGAAAGCUGUAACAAGGUUUAUUCUUAUUUUCAAGAACUUGUUGAUCACUACGAGGGAGCACCAUUAACGGAGUAUACAUUAAGAUUGAUAGGAUCGGACGUAGAACAUUACAUAAGGAAGAUGUUGUUUGAUGGAGAGAUUCAAUACAAUAUGGAUGCAAGAGUUCUUAAUUUCAGUAUGGGAAAGCCUCGUGUUCAGUUCAAUACCAGUAACAUUGGUGGUGGUGGUGGUGGAGAUGGCCAGCCUCAAGAGCAGGCAGAGUGA